AUGGUAUCAACAAGUGGCAGGUACGGCUCGGACUUCAUAUUUCAGCAUCUAAAUUGGAAGACUCGAUGUGCUGAAAGUGCUGGCACUAAAGUUAAAAAUCUGCAACUUUUCAACUUUUCCGAACCAGACGAGUUUAAAAAAGUGCCCGCGUACAAAUACAUUAAUAACACGCUGACAAAAGACCUCUACGAUCCUGGCUUCGACAUCGCUAACCCCGGCCUUUGUCCGGAAUCAGGAGCUUCCCUCAAACUGUUGAUUAUCAUUGAAAACUCUAGGCAUCGCUCUGAUAGACGCGAGGACAUUCGCCGGACUUAUGGACACUCAUUAGUCUUGAGGAAGGACGUGGCCAAAAUGUUCUUAAUAGGUCGCCCUGAAAAACCUGGUGAUAAUCCAGACAUCCCAUCCGAGUCAGAUCGUUACGGAGACAUGGUGGUUGGUCGAUUCGUCGAUACUUUUUACAACCUUACCCUGAAAACUACGGCAGCUCUUGAGUGGGUAUCGACUUAUUGCAGCAAAGUGAAAUAUAUUUUCAAAGCGGACGAUGAUACAUUUCUCAAUAUUCCAAGGAUACUUGAUCUUAUCGAAUCAUGGGGUGAUCAAAAAAGAGCGAUCAUUGGAGAAAUUUGCAGAGUUGGUCCUGGGAGGAAUGAUAAAAAGAAGCACUACGUUUCACGUGAAGUUUAUAAUCAAUCUCGUAACCCUGCCUAUGUGUUUGGACAAGCUGGAUAUUUUGUAACCGGUGAUAUCGUGAAAGAACUGUUUGAACGGGGCCUUAGAACCGGAUAUCUGAAUAUAGAAGAUGUGUUUUACACCGGAAUGAUUGCCUCUGCAAUUGGUGCGACGAAAGCAUUUCACGAUCACAGUUUUAAGUGGCACAAUUUCACUUACUGGCACGGGCCUGAAGACAAAUACAAGUGUAGUAUUCAGGACAAUGUUAGUGUUUGGGCACCCCAAAGAAAGCAAAAGUAUUUCCUGUGGGAUAUGACUCAAACAGACCGAGAGUAUUGCACCUAA